AUCUGACAUAGCAGGUUUUCUAUGCCAUGACAGCCAUCAGGAUUAUUAUAAGUAUUGUAUUGCUGAAGCAUGACCUCUUCCUUGCUAGCCUAUAGUUUAUCAUGUUUAAAUGGUUAGCGUCCGGACCUUGCAAUGUCCUCCAUACAGCGUUGAACAUGCGACGGAAUCAAACACAAUAACAAGAAUGACUCUUGCACCCUCUUCUAGCCUUAGACGAAGUCUAGUGGAGAUAGCCGAAGUCGCAGAUAACGACCUCUUUGAGAGUCCCCCGGACCUUCUUUGCCCGAUCACUCAUGAAUUGUUCUACGACCCUGUAAUUAACGCAGCGGGCCAGGUCUAUGAGCGAGCCGCAAUUGAAAAGGCGCUGGCGCACAAACUGGUGGAUCCAAUCAGCAACCUCCCCUUGGACACGGCAGCCCUCACGACCGUGUGGCCCAUGAAGAGCAAGGCGGCUGCCUACCGCGAGCGUGCCGUACGGGGCUGCAUCGCACAGGUGUGCAAGCCCUCCUGCCGUACACCCAUCCGCUACCUUCGGCGAGCCGCGGAGCUGUCUGCGGGCGCGGCGGCGUGCGGCGGCGGACCCGGCGGGUCGGUGCUGGGGCUGCCGGGGCUGACUCGGGAGGUGGUGGAGUACCUGCUGACGCACCCCAGCAGCAUAUACGAUUUCCAGGCGUUGAGUCGCUUCGCUGCUUCUCUGGCCGCUGGCGGGCACCGGGACCUAGCCGCCGGCCUGUACACCAAGCUGCUGCAGCAGGACGGUGACUCCGCGCAGCAGGUGGAGGCGCUGAGGGGGCUGCUGGCGUGCUGGGGCGGGCCGGAGGAGGAGGAGGACGAGCAGCAGCUAGUGGAGAGGCUGGCUGGGCUGUCCUGCGGAGAAGGAGCGGAGGGGUGCUGUCGACCCGCCCGGUUCGUGGGCGUGUUGUUGGCGGCUGGUUUGUCAGAGGAGCUUGUGGUGCGGUUCUGUGAGUACAUACUGGGGAGCAGCAGCGCGGCGGGGCCUGCAGGGCCGCCGCAGCAGCAGCAGUUACAGCAGCAGCUGGCGAGCAGCUGCAGUGGUAGGUUGAGCAAUCGGGCAAGCAGCGCAGAGCCGUGCGGCAGUGGAGGGAUGUCGGGCGCGGCGGCGGUGGCGGCGUCGGGAGGCGCGGGAGGCAACGCGGAUCUCCUGUAUGUGUACACCAAGCUUAGAUGCGGG